AUGAGCCCAAAUUGCACCAACUGUACCCGUCCAGCCGACCAGGCCUUUGCUGGCAUGUAUGCACUUAUCUUUGUGGUCGGCCUCCCUCUGAACAUUGCGGCGCUGUGCAUCUUUGUCUUGGGCCAUGCCGGGCGCUCCAUCACCAUCACCUACAUGAAGAACCUGGUGGCCUGCGACCUGCUGCUUCUGGCCUCGCUGCCGCUGAGGGCGUGCUUCUACGGCUGGCGGCCUCAGCUGCCUCAGCUGCUUUGCGAAGGCGUGGGCCUGCUGCUCCUGGUCAACAUGUAUGGCAGCAUCUUCCUGCUGACCUGCCUCAGCUGGGACCGCUGCCUGGCCGUCUGCUUCCCGCUCAGUCCCAGGGCCCAAGCUGUGCGCCAGCAGGCCAGGUACAUCUGCGCAGGGGUGUGGGCCUUGAGCAUCGCGGGGACCAUCCCCACCUACGUCACACAGAGGGAGAAGGGGCAGCGCCUGCUCUGCUUCGACGAACGCCCCCACUACAUCACAGCCCGCGGGGUCCCCAGCGCCAUGGCACUCGCCUUUGCCCUGCCGCUGGCCAUCAUGGUGACCUGCUCCUGCCAGCUCCUGCGUGCCGUGCACCGGAGCGGGGCCGUUCAGAUGGAGCUGGUCAAUGGCACGAAGAUCCGUCAUAUGGUGGUAGCCAACGUGGGGAUCUUCCUGGGCUGCUUCUUGCCUUACCACAUGGUGGUUCUUCUGUACCAGGCACCACAGCUGCAGGGGGAGUGCUUGGACACGGCCUACCAGUGCGCCCUGCUUCUGGCCUGCGCAAACGCUGCCCUGGACCCCCUGGCCUAUUACUUUGCCACAGAGACCUUCCAGCACCUGGUGCCAUUGGAUUACCUGCUCAGAGGCUGGGGCUCUCACAGCAAUAAUGCCAGGGACACGGGGAACUUUGCCCAGCCCUUGAGGGCCCAGGGCCUCCUUGGGCUGCCCUCGCGUAAGGAGACGCUACCCUUGCAAGGGGCAGAGGCCAUCAGGGCAGAGGGAAACUGCAUCACAAGCAUUUCUGAGGUUGUGGCUUGA